UCGUUGAGUCACUCAUUGAAUGCAUUCAAUAAUUGAAGCAUUGAUUGAGUCAUUGAAUGAGUUAAUCAUUGGUUACACUAAUUGAUUGAUUGAACACAUGUUUGGCCACAAUGUCAGUGAAAAAGUAUGAAAUCGGUGACACAAUCAUCGAUUGUAAACCAUUAGUCCACACAAUAGUUAACAACAAGAAACGCAAAGUAUGUGACAAUUGUUUUGUGUCCAUCACUGGUCAACAACAGAUGAUCUAUGAGUGCAGUGGUUGUCAUCACAUGUUUUACUGCAGCGCCGACUGUCUGACACUUGACCGACGAUGUCAUCAACUCGAGUGUCAUAUAUAUGAACCGUAUUAUAGUCCAUAUCUGGAAGAAUAUAUGUUGCGACUUAUGCUUAGACUAUACCUAAUGGUGAUCAACGACAAAGACAUGUCUCUUCAGGACAAGUGUUAUGAAAUAUACAACGGAAAGGUUCGUCGGUUUAAUGAUAUGGAGACCCAUUUGGAUCUAAUAUCGCGUGACAACAAUCGUAUGAAAAUAUUUGACUACUUGUGCGACAAUUUCGUAUAUUAUGCCAAAGAGUUUUCAUUUAUCUUAAGUCGCAAUCUAUUGUUCACACUUUACUGUCGUUAUCUGAUUAAUCAUUUUAAGAUAAUUGACCACAAAGUGAAUUCGUGUGAAAUUAUCGGUUCGGGUCUCUAUAUGAAGGCAUCGGUUCUCAAUCACUCGUGUCGACCAAAUUCUGCCGUCACUUAUUGCGGCUCAAGACUUAUACUUAAAGCUAUUGAAAAGAUAGCGAUCGGCGAAGAUAUUACCAUCAAUUACUGUGAUCUCGAAGUUAGAGUUGAAAUGAGAAACAAACAUCUCUUAAAAUAUUUAUAUUUUGAAUGCUUUUGUCCUAAAUGUUUGUCUGGCGAUCAAUACAUUGAUUUCGAUGUUUUCAACAAAAUUAAGUAUCUUUUGAAACAAGAAUCCCGUCAAGAAUUACCCAAUUGGUUGGUUCUGAAUGUAUUAACCGAUAUCUUCAUCAAACUUUACCAUCAAAUCUAUAAUAAAUAUCAUCCAAACCUUAUCACAACUCUAAUCAUUAUUUUAAGUCACAAACUUAGGAAUAAAUGUGAAAACAUAAAGCAUUUAAAUGAUUGCAUUUCAGAGACCAGACAUAGAAUUGAACUGAUUUUCGGCACAAAACAUGCAAUUUAUCGACAAUUCAUUGAAUGUCUCGAAGAAAAACAUGUUUUUCAUUUAUAAUGAUAUAUUGUAUUAUAAUCUCAAUAUAAA